UCCGCAUCACCUUCUGCCGAGCGCACGUAUUGCAUGGAUUACUGAAUUUGCGAGUGUAGCCAUGAAUUUCAACGCGCGAUAAGACAUGAAGUUGAUUUCGGUAACGGUAUUCUCGAUAGUUCUUCUCAAAGUGAUUGACUGUCGUAGUGUGAACAAAUGCUGCAAACCGGAAGAGACUUUUGUUAAAACCGGCGACAGCUUUCAGUGCUCCGAGGACUUGAACAAGAGAGUGCAAGUUAGGGCAAACACGACGGAUUUUUUGAAACAGAACAAAAGAGGACUGUGCUUUGAAGCUCUUGAUAGCGAUGUGAUAACGUUGAACAUCAGUGCAGAGGGUGUCAGCGUCCAGCGAGUUACCGUCAGUUUUUUUCCCAAAUGCUGCCCUCUGGGGUAUGUUUACAACGCCAUAACACACGGGUGUGUUAAAAAACCCUCCCCUGCGGACUUUUUAAAAGAACCAUUCGUUAAAGUCGGGCUAACGAACUGUAGAUUGGUGGUAGACACUAUUCUUCAUGGUACCGAUGAUUUUCAGUAUACUCUCCUCAAUCAUACGGGAAGGUAUCAAAGAAACGUGUUAUAUCCAGGUUCGUUCUGUAUAGACAAAACCGAAAAUGAAUCGUUGGUGCUUCGGGAAUGCCAGGAGAGCUUGAGGACUUGUGACACGAUCAAAUGUGUCAAAAAAUGUUGCCCAGAUGGACAAAGUUUCGUAAACGGUUCCAAAUGCGUCAACACCUACGAACAUGGAUUGAAUUUGUCAGUUUUCGGAAACGCUGUAGAGAAACCAAAUGAUCCUUACGCGACCAUUUACAACACCACCUGCACGAAAAUCUACAAGAUGGACCAAAACGAGUUCAACUUCACCCUCCAUUCUGGUGGUACCUUCACUGAAUUCUACUCAGAAGGAUACCACGAAGUUGACGUCGGUGAUCUACACUCAUACUGCGUCGAGCACUCGAAGAAGAACGGUUUCGAGGGAUUCUUCUUCUUCUACUGUUUCCCGGAAAGCGACGACUCGUCGACCAAGUUCGACUACACCUUCUGGCCGAUGGUGAUGUCUUGCAUCUUCCUGGUAUUAACCAUUUUCAUUUAUGUGGCGCUGAAGGAGACGAGGAAGAUGUUCGGGAAAAUUUUGGUCAACUACUGCAUGGCGACGUUUUUCUCGUUCGCUUUUCUCAUCGUCGCCCAACUGAAUGAUACUCCCACGGCUGAGGAGUGCCAAAUCAAAGCUUUCUCCAUAAUCUUCUUCGCUUCUGCUUCUUUCACCUGGUCAAACAUCAUGUGCUGGGAUAUUUGGUGUACCUUUGGGACAACAAGACUCUAUUUAGGAACAACUCAAAGAAAAAUGGAUUUCACAAAAUUAUUAGUCUACAGUUUAUAUGGCUGGGGAGUUCCACUGCUUUUGACCCUAGUGAUAUUCGUUUUCCAUAAAUGGAAGGUGUUACCGUAUUCCAUACAACCAUUUUUGGCGGAAGUCAAGUGUUUCUUUGACACUAAACGAGGAAAUUACGCCAAAGAUCUCUUCUACAACAUUCCACUGCUUAUUAUCCAGUUGGUGAAUAUGGUUCUCUUCAUAAAAACCGUGUUAUACUGUUUGGAGGUGAAGAACGACAUAAAUAAAAUCAACGACACGACCAAGAAUGAAAAAAUGAAGAGGUAUCACAGCGAUAAAGAAAGAUUAUUCCUGAUUCUGAAGUUGUUGGUGAUAAUGGGAAUGUCUUACAUUUUCGAGGUGGUAUCAGCAUUUUUCGACAUGAGUGAGAUGGGUUUCAUUCCAAAAUAUAUUGAAAUAAUUUGGGAUACAAUCAAUGCUUUACAAGGGGUCUUCAUUUUCGUUAUUUUCAUCUGCAAGAGGAGAAUUAUUUUCCACUGCCUACGAAAGUUCAACACAACAGUUGAAAGAAAAUCUUCGGAUUCUUCAUCUUUCAACACCCAAUCUACUUUGCAUGUCAAUGGGUUUUCCCUCAAUCGAAUGGGACAUAUAAAUAAAGGCUUCAUGUAAUUAUUUUUUUGUGAUACGAAUGAAUUUUCCAAAAAAUGAGAUGCAUCACAAACACGUUACAUAUUUUUAAAACGAAAAGUGUUUGCUAUGGAAAUUAGAAAAUAAGAAUCAAUUCAGAAAAAACUUUUGAGAAGGGAUGAAAAAAAAAUGUGCGAAUGUGAUUUCCCUUUAAAGCAAUAUGGAAUGCUUCUAAGUCAACUGUAUAAGCCAACUGUUUGAAGAAAAUAAAGAAAAAUAUUAAAUAUU